UCUUGGAGACCACCGUGACCAAUGUAAACUAAUGGCUGACGCUACUGAGUUCUUGAUUCUUAUUCUAGAUCGAAUGUAGAAUAUAGAUCUAUCUAGAUCCAAAAAAUCAUUUCCUAGUUGGAAAUCUAGAUCUAGUUAUGGCUUAUAAGGUUAUUUAAAGUCAACUAUAUAAAUGGCAAGCAAAAAAAGUGCACCAAAGGGCAAAAGAUCCCCUUCUGGCAAAAAGGGGAAAAAAGAAGAGAUUGAAGAUCCAAUCAUCACAUUUCUGAAGAAAACCACUGAAGAUCUAAGGGAAGAAAAUGCAACAUUAAAAGCCAGUUUAUCAACUUACCAGGAAAAGCUGCAAGUCAUUACUCAACAAAUUAUUGAUGUUAAUUUUGAUAACUAUAAAGCACCACAGGACAUUGCACUAGUAGACAUACCACUAGCAGAUAUUUUAACAAUAAUAACCAAUUUGACAAUCACCCCUGGCAACAAGUUACAUUCCUAUGAGCUCCAGAUAGAGGAGUUGGAAACAAGAGUCACACAGUUAAACAGUGAGCUUGCCAAGCUGAUUAAACUCAAGUUAAAGCUAGAAAAUGGACUGAAAGAUAUGGACAGGAUGUACACUGUAGAAGAUUUAAAGGUGCAAGCCAAACGUCUGUGGUAUGAUUGCUGUACCACCCAUCUCUUUGUAUCUCCUAGUGAAGGAAAGAAUGAUUACUAUAAUAUGAAUGGUACUUUAAGCCAAGGGAGAAACUUUAGUGAAGCUUCCACGAGAACUCAGUCAGCAGUCAGCCACCAAUCUAUUGACCUUUCUUCAGUGCCGGAUGAAGUGGUUAUCCCACCAAUCUAUUUGAAUGUGUUGAAGCCCAAAUCACGCAGCAUUAACUUGAUGCCAAGAGGCAUUCAAAAGGAAAAUUUAAUUCCACCUGAAAAGAAAUUGCCUGGAGAGACUCACAUUUUUGACAUGCAUGAAGGUCUCAGAAGCAUUAUUAUUAGAAACCUUAGCAAACGCAAAGGGAAUGGUAAUGAUUGGCGUUUAAUGGCGGCUCGAGUUGGGCUACCAGAAGACCUUGUACAACACUGGCUAGCUAUGAGAGCUCCGAACGCCAUGGCAUUAGUCAUGAAAGUGUGGGGUGAUAGUGCGGGAGCAACAGUUCGAAUGCUUCACAGACAUUUAUCUUCACCACAGAUGAGGGAAGUUAUUUUAGCCAAAAUGCUAUCAGAUUUUUAUGAUGUAGAAUAGACAUUUUUUAAAAUUACAUUUGGUUUACACUAUUUAAAUUAUCUGCCUUAAAACAAAUUAUAAAACCAAACUAUAUGAACAGCUUUAUUUCCCUUUACAGGGCAUUCAAUGUUCUAGUGAAUCAAUUGUAUACAAUGUUAACUACAGUAAACAAAAUGUUUUCAACUAAGAUAUUAUUUAAUAUUUCCAAAGGCAGUUUUUAUUUUAAAUUGAUGUUAUUCAAAUGUUAAAAUCUGGUUUCUAUUUGUAUAUCUCCAUUGAUGUACAUAACAUGUCCUUUUGGUUGUGAAUGAAAUUAAUGCAGAACAUUAAUACCUCAUUUUUUCAAUAUUUUAAUAGUUCCAUAUUUAGCUGUUUCUUCAAUGAGAACAAUAUGUUUCCAUUCUCAAAAUGUUUAAUAAAAACUCAAAACUACAUUUAUUUACCAUUAAUUUUUAGUUAUAAAAAUUAUUAAAGAAAUAAUAAUAAUGAGUACAACAGUAAGUUUCUAAGCAAACCUCCUUUAAACCGUAAUGGAUUAGAAAAUUUUUAUUUUUUAAAAUUACAAUUUGAUUAACGCACUGUGUUUAUAUUCCUUGCACAAAAUACUUUUUGUUUAAGUUAAAAUCUUGACACAGUAUUAUAAGUUAUAAAAAUUACUUUGCAUGAGAUCUUGACAUACUUUGUAUUAUAUUAUCUAAUUAUUUUGUUUUUAUUUUGUUCUUUAAUGCAUAUUUUAAAUGAAUUCUUCAUUGAACUUGAUUGUUAAUUCACAGUCAAACUAAUGUGUUGUAUUGUUCAGGACCUAAAUAGGAUUGUAACUAUUCAUGUCAUACACUGUUCAGAUUAUGUGAGUUCGACUUGAAGGCCUCUGUAAAUGUACAUGUAUAAAUGUGCAUGUUAAUGUAUUUAUUAAAACUCACUAUUAGUCUACAUUUUACUUUUACUUCACAUUUUGAAUGAGUUGUUACUAAGAUUGUUACCUCAAAGAAAUGAAACAAUUCAGGUUCAAUGUCUUGCAGUUUUGAAUUUUUCAAGUAAAAAGUUGGAAUGUUAAGUAUGUUAACAGCCAUUACUAAGGAAAAAUUUAAGCAAUUGUUCAGUAUGCCAAUCACGUGGUUUACUUGUAUACAGAAAAACUAAACAAAUUAUAGAAGAUAUCCUUAAGAGCAGUUUUUCUUAGCUUUGAGUACAUAAUAUUUAGAAAUGUAUGUAGUAAGUGAAAUAAUAGGCUACCCUAUGAAAACAAAAAAGAAUGAACAAUGUUUUUGUAUUACAAUGAAUUAAAAGGUGGAGGAGGAUGAUAAAUGAAAGGUCUACUAAAUUGUACUUAGAGAUAAAAGUGAGAGCUGCUAAAUUAAAUCAUUUCAAUUUUGUUUUUUUUUACUCUGUGAUAUUUUAAUUAUUUACAAUAAAUUAAAGAAAAUUAUAAUAAAUGCA